UGGCUUAUAGGGAGGACGAUCCAACCAAAGCUCAAACGGUGAAGGAAAAGAUUCUCAAUGAUAUAUUGUGGGAUCAAGUUAAAUACAUUGUUGAUUUCACCGAUCCCAUUUAUUCAAUUCUACGGGUAGUUGACACAGACAAGCCAUGUCUCCAUUUAGUCUACGAGAUGUGGGACUCCAUGAUAGAGAAGGUGAGAGCUUGUAUCUAUCGGAAGAAGGGAAUUGUGGACGGUGGUACAAGUGUCUUUUUUUAUAUUGUUCAAAGCAUUUUACUAUCUAGGUGGGGCAAGAGUAAUACUCCUCUCCAGUGUUUGGCACACUCACUAAAUUCAAGAUACUAUAGUCCAGCUUGGCUUAAUGAAGUCUCUGGUCGUGUCAACCCAAAUAAUGAUGUUGAAAUUAAUACUGAGAGGAACAAAUGCUUUAGAAAGUUCUUUUCGGAUCCGGAUGACUUAAGGAAAAUCAAGACACAAUUUGCUGAUUUCUCUCUAUUUUGGGUGGCUUUGAUGACCCUGACUCAGUUGAGGAUAGAGCCCAUUUUGAGACAAAGCAAUGGUGGGGCACUUAUAGAGUUACUUGGGCAGCCAGCAUCUUCCUCUUGCUGUGAGAGGAAUUGGAGCGCAUAUGCUUUUAUACAUAGCAUGAAGAGGAAUAAGCUCACUCCUGAGCGAGCCGAGGAUUUGGUGUUUGUGCAUAACAACUUGCGUCUUCUUUCAAGGAAGUCCAAUGAUUAUCAAAGUGGGCUAAGCCGAAUGUGGGAUGUCGAGGGAGAUGGCACCGAGAGCUUUGUUGGUGUUGGCUUUUUAGAAGGUGCCGAUCUCACACUUGAUAAGCUAGAAUUUGAGGAGGAGAUAUUAGAAGUGGAAGAUUGAGUUCUUAUCACUUCUUGAUGAGCUUAGCAUGUUUCUUUAUCCUAUAUUUCUAUGAUAUUAUUAUGUUAUAUUAUUAUGUAAUGCAUAAUAUUCAACUAUGGUUGUAAUAUUGUA